UCUCUGCUUCCGCUUCCAUCUUCUUCCUCCGCCUAUCCUCUCUCGCUCCUCUUGUCCCGCUUUCCUCCUGAAAACAAGCGGUUCGUACACUUCAUCGAGCUCGAGCGAGCUCAAAGAGACGACCCAGCUAUGGAGAUUUGUUCUUCUGCGCUCGUCCUCUCGCCUCCCAACAUCCUCGCCCGCCCGACGUCGCACCCUUUUCGUUCAAUCCCUUGUUUACCGUCCCUUCCUCCUCCUUCGAGAACCGCUGCUAGGCCGUCCUCUCGAGUUCUCUCUGCUUCUUCGGCUCCCGCCCUCGUCAAGCCGGGUCGAGACGAGCCGGCCCGUCCUCCGCCGCCCGACGCCGGCCGGAAGCACCACUCCAAGUCUUACUUGGCCAGGCAGGCCGCUGUUCUUGAAAUCCAGCAGUCGCCCGACUUGGACUCCUCUCUCGAAAGGUUUGGUGGCCUACUGAAGGUGCAGGACUUGAAUGCCAUUUUGAGGUAUUUUGGGAAGCUCAACCGGAUGCAAGAUAUUUCCAAGCUCUUUCAGUAUAUGCAGAAACACAAGAAGAUUAGUGCUGCAAGUUAUAGCAGUUAUAUAAAGUUCACAGGGACAAGCCACAACCCUUUGGAUGCACUGGAAAUCUAUAACAGUAUUCCGGAUGCCUCAAUGAGAAUCAAUGUCUUUAUAAGUAAUGCUGUUCUUAGUUGCCUUGUCAGAAAUGGUAAGUUCGGCAUCGGCAUGAAAUGUUUUCAACAGAUGAAGCAGGAUGGGCUGAAACCGGAUAUCAUUACAUAUAGCACGCUGCUUGCAGGUUGCAUGAAGGUCAAUGAUGGUUACACCAAGGCAUUGGGACUGAUACAGGAAUUGGAGUAUGGUGGUCUUGAAAUGGACAGUGUAAUCUAUGGGACUCUUAUUGCCGUGUGUGCUUCGAACAAUCAUUGUGAAGAUGCAGAGCGCUUCUUCAAGCAAAUGGUUAAUGAAGGCCAUACACCUAAUGAAUUCCAUUAUAGCUCUUUAUUAAAUGCAUACUCUGCUGAUGGUAAUUACAAGAAGGCUGAAGCCUUGGUGCAGGAUAUGAAAUCUGCAGGCUUAGUUAUCAAUAAGGUAAUUUUGACUACUCUGCUAAAGGUUUACGUCAGAGGAGGCUUAUUUGAUAAGUCGAGAGAAUUAUUAGCUGAACUGGAACUCUUAGGCCAUGCCAAAGAUGAGAUGUCGUACUGUCUAUUGAUGGAUGGCCUAGCAAAGGCUGGAAGGACAGAUGAAGCUAAAUCAGUGUUUGACGAAAUGAUGGGAAAAUCUGUCAAAUCUGAUGGCUAUGCCCACUGCAUCAUGAUUUCAGCAUUUUGCCGGUGUGGGCUUUUACAAGAGGCCAAACUGUUGGCCAAAGACUUUGAAGCCAAAUUUAACAGAUAUGAUUUGGUAAUAUUAAAUACAAUGCUAUGCACCUAUUGCAGAGCAGGUGAAAUGGAGAGUGUCAUGCAAACAAUGAAGAAAAUGGAUGAACUAGCCAUUGGUCCUGAUUACAAGACCUUUCAUAUCCUAGUCAAAUACUUCUUUAAGGAGAAAUUAUAUCUGCUUGCUUACAGGACUAUGGAGGACAUGCAUAAAAAGGGGCACCGACCAGAGGAGGGACUUUGCUCCUCCCUAAUCUUUCAACUUGGUACAAUGAAUGCCUACUCAGAAGCUUUUUCUGUUUACAAUAUGUUGAGGUACAGCAAAAGAAAUAUGUGUAAGGCUCUCCAUGAGAAAAUUCUGCACAUUCUGAUUUCAGGACGGCUUUACAAGGAGGCUUAUGUCGUCGUCAAGGACAAUGUGGGAUAUAUCUCCAAGCAAGCAGUAAAAAAGUUUGCAACUGCAUUUAUGAAGUCGGGUAAUGUCAACCUGAUAAAUGAUGUGUUGAAGGUCAUCCAUGCCUCUGGCAAUAAGAUUGAUCAGAAAUUAUUUAAUAUGGCUGUGUCACGAUUUAUUGUUCUGCCUGAGAAGAAGGAAUUACUUCUCCAACUACUGCAGUGGAUGUCUGGUCAUGGUUAUGCUAUUGAUUUGUCAACAAGAGACCUUAUUCUAAAACAUUCACGCUUCUUUGGUGAUGAGCUUAUUAAGGAAACACUGUCCAAGCAUCAGUUAAGUUUGAAAGGAGUGAGAUCUCAUAAGAGGAAGGAGUGAAUUUCAGGUAAUGUAAUUUGAGGGACUGGCUCCUCUGCCUUUCGCAUAUGAUUCGUAAUUCCUAUAGAGCGUGGUAAGUUGUUGGAAACCCAUCAAGCUACAUGACCUACUGCAGCAAUCAUCGCCCAUAAUGGAGGUGCUUGAUGUUUUCUGCUGUGUUGAAAACUUCUGCCUCUCAUGCAUUAACCAUUAUGCAGAAGCCUUUUGUCAGCUGGUUUAUGAUGCUGUCAAGAGGUACACGUGCUUAUGCUCGGCCAGAGGUUUGAUGUAGCAGGAGAAUGAUUAGAGCAAGCUCCCUGUCUUACCAGUUGAAGUUUGUUCGCCUGAAUUUUUGUUAUUUGAACUUCCUUGGUUUACGGAUUAUCUCGGCAAUGUACAUAGCUCGACGGUUCUUGGUGUAGAGUUUUUCCUCCUUCGGCAUAUGCCUGUGCGUUUGUUGUACGAAGUAAAUUAUUCUUUAGUAGAAAUUGGAGGGAUAUGCAAGAGCAGCCAUCCUGUGUUGGAUCACUA